GCGAUCGCGGCUAUUUAAAGGAGGGCAGAGAUGAAAAGUUUUCAGUUCUGAGCUUCUGCCUGAGAGCGGGCACUGACGGAGGCACAGAGACCAGAUCUACACAGAGAACAGAGACACAGCGUGAAACAGUGGCAGCUAAAGAGAGAGACGGGAACACAGAGGCACAGAGACACAGACUGAGAGAGAGAGAGACAGAGUCCAAGAGCUGACUGAGGUACAGACUGAAACACAGAGAGGGGUAGAGACACAGAGAGACACACACACACACACACACAGUCACAGACAGACAGCCUCCAGGAGGUGAGCAGGUCCAGAAUAAACGACAGUGAGAGCCAGACAGACAGAGGUGAGCAGGUGCAGACAGAGACACAGUGACCCACAGCCAGCGAGGGUCUCAGACAGACAGACAGACACAACCAGUGAGGGUCUCAGACAGACAGACACAGACACAGCCAGUGAGGGUCUCAGACAGACAGACAGACACAGCCAGUGAGGGUCUCAGACAGACAGACAGACAGACAGACAGACAGACACAGCAUGGCCCCACUGGCUCGGUCGCUGAGGCUGGCGGCGGUGUGUGCGCUGCUGGCGGCUCUGGUCCCGGGGCCGGGCGAGGCAUGGUACAAGCAGGCGGCGGGACCCAGCUACUACUCGGUGGGCAGAGCCUCGGGGCUGCUGUCCGGCAUCCGCCGCUCCCCCUACACCCGCAGCUCGGAGCCCGGAGACGCGGCACACAACAGCGUGGAGGCGAAGGUCGCCCCUCCAGCCCGGGGCGCCGUGUUCAUCAAAAACAUGGUGGUGUGCGUGAAGGACAUCUUGCCGAGUUUGCAGACCUGCGAGUUGCUUCCCGAAGGACUCAACACCUUUCAGUGCAAGGCCGACAUCUUCCUCUCUCUGGACAGUCAGGACUGCGGCAAUGUCUGACGGACCCGCUCCACCACACCACCAAGAGACCCCCCCCCCGACCCCACUCCACCUCACACCAAAUGUUUUUAUCUCCAUUCAUUCCCAAAGAUUCAAGACAACCAACUCCAGACUCGACGACCAGUCAAAAUCUGUUUAAAACAAAAUGAACCAACAUAUUUGUAGCUGAGCGGUUGCUGGGUUGUUGUUGAUUCUCUCUCUAUGUUAAAUACAUUACGGUAUGAAUGCAGAAGGAAUAUAUAAAUGAACCAUGCAUUGGUAAUAAUGUCUGCAUCGGCAUUGACUAUUAAAUUUCAGCCUUAAAAAAAAAA